CUAAACUACAGCCAGAAGAGUUUGGAUCUAGCCAGAAGGUUCUCCUCUAAUUUAAAUUCUGAAUCCCUCUAAACCAUCUAAGUUUCCGCACAGGGUUCGGGGCUUCAGACUGCAUUAGGAAAGCAACCGGAGCAGAGCAACACAAAGAAUAACACCCUUGACCCAAGUCGUCCAAGGCUGAGUCACUGGAAGCCAUUUACACUCGUCAGGCGAGGCUGAGAACAGGAGGACAUCGCCUUCACGUUCGUGCUCGGGAGACUGACGGAAAUUUCGCUCUGCUCUUCGAGCUCCCUCUCAACUGCCCUUGAGAAUGGAGAGAUCCACCAGGGAGCUGUGCCUCAACUUUACAGUGGUCCUGAUAACCAUAAUCCUCAUAUGGCUUUUGGUGAGAUCCUAUCAGUACUGAGAGACUACAGCCAAAGCUCUUCGGAUUAAACCGCGCCGAGCGUCUAUGGAAGCAUGUGAUCGCUACCGUGCC